GUCACUAUCCGCGGCGGCGCAGCCAAUAGGAAAACGCGUUAUACUAGCUGCUCGCGCCGUAUUUCCGGGGCUGCUUCAGGAAUGUAAACUAUUCAACAUGGAGACAGCAGUUGAUAAGCUGGAGGCAAUGUUCCAGAAGGCCGAGGCGGACAUCGAGUAUGUGGAGAAGCGUCUGAAGUUCGAUUUCAUGACGAGUGCUCGGGAGAACGGCACCGCUGAGGGGAAUCCUGUUCAGCUGCUGGAGAGUCUGGCAGCCAUUAAGACCCGUCACGCCGCUCUGUGUACACAGAUGGAGGAGAUCGCUGCCGAGCAGAAACGCUCAAUGGAUUCGAUCAGAUCUCAUCUGAACACCACGGUGAAGCUGGUGGAGGAGCUGCAGAACACAACAGACACGCAGGUUCCUCCACUUACACAGGAAGAACAGGAAGCAAGAGAUUCCCUCUGUUCCUCAGUCACAGCUCUGUCUAUACAGGUGCCGUCUGAAGCACACACACUGCAGGAGUCUAACUCACAGGAAAAGUGCAGAGACGACGUAAAAGACGUGGAGUUCGAAGCUGUUCCACUGAGCGUACGAGGAAACCUCAAACUCUGUGACCUCAACGCCCUGUACACACAACUGACUGAACACUUCUCCUCAGAGAAGAACAGAGCACCUCUGAGCUUGCAGAAGAUGAGGAAAUCUAACAUGAGAGUGAGCGAGGCUGCAAUCAAAACUCUGCAGCACCUUGGGCUCAUCAAGCUGGAUAAGAAAGGCUCUGUUUCUCUCUCCUCCGCACACUGAGAAUAAAAUCAACAGACUGAACAGAUGCUCCACACUCCGAAAUAAAUGAGUUUUGUCUCCUAUACCUGUCCAACACUUGAGCAUGUAGACAGCAGUGUUGAAUACACGCAGUUUUAGACUCAGCGCUCUCUUCUAAAUGAUAUUUCUCACUUCAUACUCUCGGUUUUACUCAACCUAAAUGUGACGUUCAUAUUAGCUGUGUUGUAACUUUUCGGAUAUAACACAUCGCUUAUAACAUUUCAGAUGCACAGGAUUUCUAACAGGAGCAUACUGAGAGACAGAGCAAGCAAGCCCAUAAUUCUGUUCACCAUCACUAUUUGUCCUGGGUCAGAAUAUGGUAAAGCUGAAAGUUGCACUAUUUUUAUACACAAAUAGCAUGAA